AAAAACGUCGGGGCUCUUCUUCUUGCUUUCGUUCCAACUCACAAGAACUCCCAAGAAGCAAUCUUGGUACACCAUGCAUAGAUUUCUCUCCACCGUCGCCUCCAGAGCGAAAACCUGCCGAAAUUCCUUCUUCUCAUCAAUCCCUAAUCCCUCGUCCUCACUCUUGUGCCGUUCUUCAUCGCUGUGCACUCCGAUCAAAGGAUGGAGGGGUUUUAGUGGCGAAUCAGGCGGCCGGGAGUCUCUCCAGUACGAUGUUGUCAUCGUCGGUGCUGGACCGGCGGGGUUAUCGGCUGCGAUAAGAUUAAAGCAGUUGUGCCGUGAAAGGAGUGCCGAUCUUUCGGUCUGCGUCCUGGAGAAAGGCUCUGAAGUUGGAGCACAUAUCAUUUCAGGAAAUGUUUUUGAGCCCCGUGCAUUGGAUGAACUUAUCCCAAAUUGGAAAGAUGAAGGGGCCCCAGUUGAAGUCCGAGUCUCAUCUGACAGAUUUUUGCUGCUCAUGAAGGAUCGGGCAUUGCCACUUCCAUCUCCAUUUGAUAAUAAGGGAAAUUAUGUCAUAAGCUUGAGUCAGCUAGUUCGUUGGAUGGCAUCCAAAGCUGAAGAAAUGGGUGUGGAAAUUUAUCCAGGUUUUGCUGCUUGUGAGAUUUUAUAUGAUAAAGAUCAAAAGGUUGUUGGGGUUGCGACUAAUGAUAUGGGUGUUGCCAAAGAUGGUUCAAAGCGAGAAACAUUUCAACCUGGUGUAGAAGUGAAAGGGCGUGUUACUCUACUGGCUGAAGGAUGUAGAGGUUCAUUAUCAGAGAAAAUCAUAAGAGAUCACAAACUACGGGAUAAAGGGCAAGGCCAACAUCAAACUUAUGCUAUAGGUAUUAAAGAGGUAUGGGAAAUUGAGGAAGGAAAACAUAAACCAGGUUCUGUACUUCAUACAGUGGGGUGGCCAUUGGAUAACAGUACUUAUGGAGGAUCCUUUUUGUACCACAUGAAAGAUAGGCAGAUAGCACUUGGUUUGGUUGUUGCUUUGGAUUAUCAUAAUCCUUAUUUAAGUCCUUUCGAUGAAUUCCAGAAACUCAAGCAUCAUCCUUCUAUCAAGCCACUGUUGGAAGGUGGGAAUGUUCUUGAAUAUGGUGCCCGCACUCUGAAUGAAGGUGGCUUCCAGUCAAUUCCAUUUCCUGUUUUUCCUGGAGGUGCUGUUAUUGGAUGCUCCGCUGGUUACCUUAAUGUGCCUAAAAUCAAGGGUUCACAUACUGCCAUGAAAUCAGGUAUGCUGGCAGCAGAAGCUACAUUCAGGAAGUUGGCUGAAGGAGUCCCCAUGGAAUCAUAUUGGGAUAGUCUGAAGAAGUCCUGGGUUUGGGAGGAACUACAUAAAGCUCGUAAUUAUCGGCCGGCAUUUAAAUUUGGUCUUCUUCCUGGUUUGGCAAUUUCUGCAUUGGAACGGUAUAUUUUUAGAGGAAGACUGCCAAUAACAUUGAAGCAUGGAAAGCCUGAUCAUGAAGCUACAGAGUUUGCUAGUCUUCAUGAUCCAAUUCAGUAUCCAAAACCUGAUGGAAGUGUGUCCUUUGAUGUGCCAACCUCUCUGUAUAGGAGCAAUACAAAUCACGAACAUGAUCAGCCAGCACAUCUCCGUUUAAGGGAUCCUGCGAUACCUGAACUGGUUAACUUGCCUCUAUACGCCGGCCCGGAGUCACGCUAUUGCCCUGCUCGAGUGUACGAGUAUAUAUCUGAUGAAAAGCAUGGUCCCAAGCUUCAGAUAAAUGCUCAAAAUUGCCUUCACUGCAAGGCAUGUGACAUAAAGGAUCCAAAACAUAACAUUGAGUGGACUGUGCCAGAAGGCAGUGGUGGUCCAGGUUAUACAGUCAUGUAAAUCUUUUUAUCAUUUUAUUUUAUUUUUAAAGGACAACAUGAGUUUUGUUCUUAUGAUAAUGCAUAUAAAGACAAAAGCUAAUAAAGUGCUGUCUAGUCUA